AUGGUGCUUUGCUUUGCGUGCUUUUGCGUGCCGUUGGGUGCCGUUGGGUGCCUUUGGGUGCCUUUGGGUUUGGUUGCGCCAUGCAUCUUUGCCAAUGUCUCACGUGAAUGCGUUUUUGAUUCGAGUAGCACGGAGCGCCUCAUCCAUCUUCGGCCCAGAGUUGUCUCAAGUAUCCCGAUCAUGUCGGCGCCCGAGCUGAUUGAUACGCUGGGGUCGGUGACGCACAAUGCCGACGGCACCCUCCGACAAAAUCGGACCGCAACGUACAUUGUCCACUUCCUCUCGGCUGUGGUCCUGGGGGUUGGCGUUUUGAUCUUUCAGCCCAGCGCUUGGACGACUGUGUUAGUGGGCCUGCUCAUUGCCUACCACCUCAACAUUGGUCGCGUCUUGCUGAUCAGCGAGCAUCAGCACAAGUUCAAGUACUUGCCCAACGGCCACGUCUAUGCCAAUGGCCUGACACUGGUUCUCCUCGGUGCACUGCAGGCAGUGCGACUGCGUAUGACCAACCUGCUCUUCUCCCAUCUAACCGUUGGCCUCUGGUUCUUGGAUGCAGCCGAGGUGUUGGCCAUUGCUGCGUGGGCGUUCUAUCUCCUUGUGCGUGGACGCAGCGCACGCUUUCGAAUUCAGUUUCUUGGUCGGCUACAAGUUCUCUCCAUGACGGCGCUGGGCCUAGCCUUUUUGUACAAACACCUGACGCGCCGUCAUGUCUUUGUCCACAUUCGCCACGAUUGGCGGCUUCUCUAUCUGGGCUUGGCCCAACUCAGUCAAGCUGGACUCUUGGCCCUGCACUCUCAUCUUCCCGCCUGGAUCCUCGAGGCCGCUGCCCUUCUUUCCCACGCCCUGACCAUCGUCUGCGUCGGUCACGAACGCCUCCGUGCCUGGGAUGGCAACUAG